AUGGCGGAAGAAAAAGAAUCAACGUCAAUUCCUCUGAGUCAAGCUGAUAAUGUCUCUUGCGAAGAUCCCGAAGAUCCAGCUAAGUCUCCACCAACCUCUCCCAAUUCUUCUACUCGCAGGGCUUGCUGCUUUGUUCUUCAGAGUUGGGUCUCAAAGAAAUUUAUGACUGGAAUUGUUGUUCUAUUCCCAGUUGCAGUUACCUUUUUUAUUACAUGGUGGUUUGUUCAGUUUGUUGAUGGUUUCUUUAGUCCGCUAUACUCCAGUUUUGGCAUUGAAAUAUUUGGACUUGGUUUUAUUACAUCGCUAGCUUUUGUAUUUGUUAUUGGUGUUUUUGUAUCAUCGUGGAUGGGGGCCACUGUCUUCUGGAUUGGAGAAUGGUUAAUAAAGCAAAUGCCCCUUGUCAGACAUAUAUAUUCUGCAUCCAAGCAGAUUAGUGCUGCAAUUUCUCCAGAUCAAAAUACCACUGCCUUUAAAGAGGUAGCAAUUAUCCGUCAUCCGCGUGUUGGUGAAUAUGCUUUUGGCUUCAUUACAUCAACUGUUACUCUACAGCAAGAAAAUGAAGAUGAAGAGCUGUGUAGUGUUUUUGUCCCUACAAACCAUCUGUAUAUUGGCGAUAUAAUUUUGGUUAACUCCAAAGAUGUAAUAAGACCAAAUCUUUCCAUUCGAGAAGGCAUAGAAAUCAUUGUUUCUGGAGGAAUGACAAUGCCACAGUUGAUAUCUCCCAUCGAAAGAGUUGCUCGACCGAAUGAACGAAUAUCUUUGAACAGAAUUGGAUAG